CCCUCAUUUUGCAACAUAUCACAGGAAGUGCUGUUUCCUAUUUUCAGAUAUAUGUUCGUUCACGAAGGAGAAGAACCCACAGUUAGACCAGCUUGAUGAAACAGACUGUGCACUGAUUUCAUUCCAGAGCUAUCUGAAACCAGCACACUUCCACUGCCUACACCUGCCCCAGACUCUCUAAAGGACACAGUGCUUGCCAUUUUAACCCAGUCCAACACUGCCAACUUUCCACUCUGCAACACCCACAACAGCAGGUCCACCAGGCAGACCAAUACACCAUGGCAAAUGAAACCACAGACUUCACCGACUGGGCAGUGACAACAGAAUUUGACUAUGGCGAUUCGACACCAUGCAUGGGAAUUGAGGAAAAGCACUUUGCAGCAAAAUUUUUGCCACCUCUUUAUUCUUUAGUGGUGAUAUUUGGCCUGACAGGCAACAUGCUUGUUGUCCUUAUCCUGGUAAAAUACAAGAGGCUGAAGAGUAUGACUGACAUCUACCUGCUCAGCUUGGCAAUUUCUGAUCUGCUGUUUGUGUUUUCUCUCCCUUUUUGGGCUUAUUACGCAGUUCAUGACUGGAUUUUUGGGGAGGCACUGUGUCGAAUUCUGUCAGGUGUCUACCUUCUUGGCUUCUACAGUGGCAUCUUUUUCAUAAUCCUCUUGACCUUGGACAGGUACCUGGCCAUAGUGCACGCGGUGUUUGCUUUGAAAGCCAGGACAGUCACCUAUGGCAUCCUCGCCAGUGUCGUCACUUGGGCUGUUGCUGUUCUUAUUUCUGUUCCUGGGGUAGUAUUUCACAAAACUCAGAAGGAAAGUUCAGGCUACACUUGCAGUGCUCAUUAUCCAAGUGAUUCCACAAUAAAUUGGAAGUACUCCUUUAUUUUAAAGAUGAAUGUCCUGGGACUUAUUGUUCCAAUGCUCAUUAUGAUUUUCAGUUACACACAAAUUCUAAAAACAUUAUUGAGAUCUAAGAAUGAGAAAAAACAGAAGGCAGUCAGACUUAUUUUUGUGAUCAUGAUUUUUUACUUCAUCUUCUGGACACCAUUCCAUAUUUCUUCUUUUUUGCAUACAUUUCAAAAUUCACUUUUCAUCCCAAAUUGUGAACUCAAAGGUCAACUGGAGAAAGCAAUUCAAGUGACGGAAACAAUCUCAAUGAUCCACUGUUGCAUCAAUCCUGUGAUCUAUGUAUUUGUUGGAGAAAAAUUUAGGGCAUAUCUUCGUACCUUUUUCCGAAAGCAUGUUGCACCUCACCUUUGCAAAAAAUGUCCAAGUCUUUACCGUGAAAAAUUGGAAAGAGUCAGUUCCACAUUCACACAAUCCACUGCAGAGCACGAUGUCUCUACUGGACUGUAAAAAUACAUCAGAAUAUUAGUUGGUAAAUUUUGCAUCACUUGCUUUGCCUUAAGACGUGCCUGACAUUAUCUGAAAUCUUAAUGUCGACCACUACUGAAAACUGGAUGACCUCCUUAUUCUUGUGGUUAACUGCUGCCUGGGAUUAUAGAAUUUUCCAUUGCUAAACUAAGAGAAUCAAUGAGUUCUCCAGGAAGCAUUAACUGCAUAGCUGUGUCACAUCAAGAUUUAAAUAGGACCCAGACAAUUAUGAUUGUGCUUUUUAAUAAAAAUCUAUCCACUGAGAUUUACGGGGGGGAGGAAUACAACACUGAAAAGUCUAAGGAGUAAGAGGUCAUCUCACAAGAUCUUACUGUGACCACUUAACCCAAGGAUUUACCUGUUUAGCUAAUAGUGCAGUCAUUUUUAAACAUAAUCCUUUAACAGUUAUAACUAAGUUAUUUUGAUUUUUGUUUUUUAAUUUUAUGUCUGACAUAUCACCAUUCAGGUGCUGACAUUUUCCAAAGUGUGCUUUUAAUCAGCAACAUUGUGAUUUUUGUGGGUGCAAUUUUUCGAGUAACUGCACACACCAAGUUUACUGACUGCACAAUAAGACAAUGAUGCACUCCUAAAAAGCAUGAACUUGUUUCUGACAAGUCAUAUCCCUUCAAGAAAAAAACCCCACUAAACCAAUAAAAGCACUUCAGCAAAGACCUGCAGGACCCGAAUGAAAAUUACCUUGGUAUUUGCUAUGCAAGAUUCUGUAUGAGAAAAAUAUCAGGACCCUCUGAAGGAUUUCGGGAGACUGUGACCACAGUACUGAGACCAGGCCUCCCUAGCUGUGGACAGGUAAAUCAAGUGCAGAAGAAGAGUUUACAUGGCAACACAUGACACAGGUGUGUCAGUUUAGGCUCCUGCAUGGGAAAAAUACACUCUUCACACACACAGCAAGUCCGACUUUUGGGAUACACUUCUAGGAAGACAGUGGUCUUGGACCUGCAAAAGCAGCCAAUUCCAGACAAGGCAUACCUUCUUGCCUUCUCAGGAGAAGACUGCCUCUAGCCAACUGGUGCCUCAAUGAGAACUGUGUGCUGAUUGAAGACAAAAGACCAUUGGCCUACUGGUGUACUAUGGCCAUACAUUCAGUCCACUAUUAAGAGUUUCCCUGUAAAAGAAAGAGGAAUUCUAGGGACAUGGGGUUAGCAAAAAAGAGGGAGGAGGAACACAGCAGACAAUUUCUUACUUCAAACUGUAAGGAGGUGCAGGUGAGCACUCCUUAUGCGAGGGAGCUGUCCUUCUGGUUUUUUCUCCAUUUCCGUGGAAGGGCACUGCUCAUGCACACAAGGACUGGCUCAUGGAUAUCUGGAGAGGCAAGUUCAACUAACCUCCAGCAAUGUAAGGACACCAGAGGGAAUUCCACGCUACUUAACACCAGGCACGUGAUGCAGAUGCCUCCGUUAACAGCAAAUCUCUUCAAGGUCCCACACUGGUCAGUAGGGAAUAAGUGCCUGAGCCAGAGGCAAACAUGGGAUUUAAAUAGUCUCAGGGAAGAUUAAGUGUCUUUAACUGUGGAAGGAAACUGAAAAUGCCAGGCUCUUAAUUAGUCAUCAGAUCCCUUAAUCUAGAUGGUGCAAAUACUCUUCCUCCUCUUGCCUUAAAAUGUGCGGGCAAUGCUUCUAUUAAUUGUUAGUUCUUCUCCUAUCAGCUAUUAUUACCUGGUCGCUACCUUCUGAAGUUAACAGCCACAGAUAGACUAAACAAAAGACCAAAAACUAUACUCACAGUAAACUUUCUUGCUUGGAAAUAAUAGUUUUCAUUUCUUUUCUACUUCUUUUUCUGAAACAAGGUGAAAGCACCUUUAUAAUUUUAGAGCAUUAAUUAGUUCAGUGCAAUACAAAUCCUCCUGUAAUGGUGAUAUUUCUACUGCUGUGUUUUAUUGUAAAUCCUUAUCUUGCUGGAAUUAAAUUUCUUCCUGUUUUCAUGUUAAUGCAGUGAAAUUAAUAAAGUCAGUGUCUGGAAAUCUGUGUA